GUGGUACUCAAGUAUCACUGGGAGGCCCCCACACGGGCCCAGCCGUCUUUCCUUCCAAGCUUGUCCCCACUCCUCCCGGGAAGGGGACGUAGUGGGCCUGGGGAACUGGAGCGGGAACUGCGCGCCCUCCGGGCAGCGAAUCCUCCCCGGAACUCGUUAGGAGCCGCUUGAGGGAUCGGACACACUCGGGCUGCCUCCCGCCUCUUGUCCUGGGAACUGAGCCGCUCCUAAUCCGGCCGGAAAAAACGCGCGAAACCCGAGGACCUUGGGUCCCGCCUUGGCCUGGGGUCCCCAGUGUCCUCGUAUCGGAUUCAGUCGUGACCACUAGGAACUCGACUAGGCUGCAGCUCAGACGGAGUGGUUAGGGCUCCCCCACCUCCUUCGCCCCGGGAGGCGGCAGAUUCCGACCCGCCACCCCACCCUUGCACCCCUACAGCCGCGGGGGCCCGCCCCCACUCGCAGCCCCGCCUCCCGCUGAGCUCGGAUUUCGACCCGGGAUUAGGUGAACUGAUUGGGGGUUAAUGAGAGGCGCACAGCGGGCGGCUGGCUCCCGGCUGGGCUCGUGCUCCGGGUCGGUUGUCUGGCUGCGCUGGCGCGUCCGUGUAGGCUGGUUCCCUAGACCGUCGGUGUUCCACGGAUCCCAGGCACCUUACCCUUCCUGGUCAGUGCGCCCGAAUCGGGCUCGACUUCCCCCGGACAAGCUUUGGGUCUCAGAUCUCUGCUGGACCGGGACUGAGGAAGCUCUGGCCGUGACCGUGGGCUGACAGCGGCUCCAGGGACUCUAGGAGCGCUGCGUGGGGGAAAGAGCGCCGAGCCACAAUGCCUCGCUCAUUUCUGGUCAAGAGCAAGAAGGCGCACAGCUACCACCAGCCGCGCUCCCCCGGACCGGACUAUUCCCUGCGUUUGGAGAAUGCACCUGUGCCGGGCCGAGCAGACAGCACUUCCAGUGCAGGCGGAGCGAAGGCGGAGCCCGGGGACCGUUUGUCCCCCGAGUCCCAGCGAACCGAGGCCCCUGACAGAACCUCUACGUCUCCGGACAGCUGUGAAGGCAGCGUCUGCGACCGGAGCUCUGAAUUUGAGGAUUUGUGGAGGCCUCCGUCGCCUUCCGUGUCUCCAGCCUCGGAGAAGUCCUUGUGCCCAUCGCUGGACGAAGCCCAGCCCUUCACCCUGCCUUUCAAGCCUUACUCGUGGAGCAGCCUGGCGGGUUCUGACCUGCGGCACCUGGUUCAAAGCUACCGGCCGUGCGCGGCCCUGGAGCGUGGUGCCGACCUUGGUCUCUUCUGCGAGCGCGCUCCGGAGCCGGGCCACCCGGCAGCGCUGUAUGGGCCGGAGCGGGCUGCAGGCGGCGCGGGGACCGGGACACCAGGGGGCUGCGGCACGACCAGUGGUGCCGCCGGUGGCGCGGGCCUGAGGCUCUACGGCGACUUCGGGCCCACGGCGGCAGGACUGUACGAGAGACCCCAUGCAGCGGCCGCCGGGCUGUACCCGGAGCGCGGCCACGAGCUGCGCGCAGACAAGGGCACUGGCGUCAAGGUGGAGUCGGAGUUGCUGUGCACCCGCCUGCUGCUGGGCGGCGGCUCCUACAAGUGCAUCAAGUGCAGUAAGGUGUUCUCCACGCCGCACGGGCUCGAAGUGCACGUGCGCAGGUCCCACAGCGGCACGAGACCCUUUGCCUGCGAGAUGUGCGGCAAGACCUUCGGGCACGCGGUGAGCCUGGAGCAGCACAAAGCCGUGCACUCGCAGGAGCGGAGCUUUGACUGUAAGAUCUGCGGCAAGAGCUUUAAGAGGUCAUCCACGCUGUCCACACACCUGCUCAUCCACUCAGAUACCCGACCCUACCCCUGUCAGUACUGUGGCAAGCGGUUCCACCAGAAAUCAGACAUGAAGAAGCACACCUUCAUCCACACUGGUGAGAAGCCCCACAAGUGCCAGGUGUGUGGCAAAGCCUUCAGCCAGAGCUCCAACCUCAUCACCCACAGCCGCAAGCACACAGGCUUCAAGCCGUUCGGCUGCGACCUGUGUGGGAAGGGCUUCCAGAGAAAGGUGGACCUGCGGCGGCACCGGGAGACACAGCACGGGCUCAAGUGAACAGAGCAGGUCCGUGCAGAGUGCACGCAACUGCUUACAUGACACUACCACCCCACUCUCACCCCACCCUGACUUCUCAGGCCUCCCCUCCCCCCAGCUCAGUCUGCAGGUCCCCCAAGGAUGCUUCCUGGAGCUGCCUGGGUUGGGCUGGGGAGGAAUGGGGUUUGGGUGGUGAGCUUUAUUCCUGCAGGUCAGGCAGAGUGGGAAGUGAGGGACUUGUCAGGCUGUGAGCGGGAGUCUUCUCCUCUAUGCCAGAGGAUGCAGAAUCGUGUGGGAACCACAUAACCCUUGGACCCCACUGUUACCAACCCUGCUCCACAGACAGCGAAGUCUUUCUGGGUAUUUCCUUCCUCCUCCUCCUCCUGCCUUAGCCUUAUGUGGGAGAGGAGGUGGCACCAGCGCUCACAUGUUUGUCUAGGAAGAUGAAGGAGUAUUACUUUUUGUUGUUGUUGUUCUGGGAGGACGGUUUAUUGACCUCUCCCUGUUGGGUGCUAGACUGUAUGUCUUGAAGGAAUCCUUCUUAAAAACUGGUUCAGGAACUACUUUGGGGAAGGAAUCUAGUGCUUUGGAAAUCCAUGACCUACACUGCAGAGCCGCCACAGGAAAGAGCAGAAGUGGACUUGGUGAUGAGAGGAGACUGGAGGGCCCCCCUCUGGGAGGCAUAGUACACGUGCCUGUGUACAGAGUGCCAGCUCACAUAGCACCAAGCACCGUGCUAGGUCCUGGAGAGCCAGGGUAGACAGAGCCCUGUUCCUGCUCCCUAGAAGCCAACAGCUGCCCCUCUAAGUGACAGUUUUCUCUCUCCCUCUGUGGGAUUUCUGAGAUGGUAACCCAGCAUCUUGAACCUUCCCUUGGACACUGUUGGGUUUCACCAAGUGUAAACCAAAAGUGGCUGAAGGGAGAGUCAUCUCAAAGACUUGUGGACAUCUUGGAAGACUUCAGCGUUUUUUUUUUGGCAAAGCUGAUACAUUUCAGGUUUCUCGGCUGGCAGACAUGCAAGCUACUUAUUUUCAACUUUUGGACCCUCUAUGGGGUAAAGGAGAAGGUGGUAUUUUUACUGUGGCUGCAUUUGUAAACAUUUUUGGAUCUUCUGGAGUGCAUUAUGUUUGUUGAAUAUAUAUUUAUUAGAGUGAUCUUUUAAGUUAAUAAAGUGUUAAAACUGGAAACUGGUUGCCUUUCCUUUAGGCAGGAAGUCUAGGGAAGGCCUCCGUGUUAAUCUCUGGGAAAUGCUGACACUGAAGGGAAUUGGAGUAGAGGGUCUUAGCGGAGCAAGCAAGCCCACAUCCAGAGAAAAAGCAAAAGCCAGUUGCUGGGGUUUUUGAAGACCUCUCCUUCUUUGUUUUCUGCUCCAGGACAAUUUUUUUUCUGAACAGAAACGCUAGGAAGGGUAUAAAGCAAAGCUCCCACCUUGCAGAGUCCUCCAUGUUCCCACAGGCACCUGUGCUCUGUCCUCUGAGCAUUCCAGGGACUUCCAGGCCUCAAAAGCUCUCAGACAAACACAGAAAUCAAAUUUCUGGUCUUAGCAAAUCCUUUGAUUUUCCCAAUACCAGUUUCCUUGACCAUUAAAUUUAGACCUGAUUAUAUCACCCCAUCCAUCACUGAUGGGAUCAGUGUUUAGCCAUCUUGCCCAAUGCAACAAACCAAAUCCCAAGUCACGUAUAAAGCAAUAAAAUUAGAGUCUGGAGACAUUUCAUAAAUUCAAGAAAAUGAAACCAGAAUAAUGUCCUGGCCUCAAUCCCUAUGACCAUGCUCUGGUACCUCCUGGCUGGGCUAUGCGUGGCCUGUGGUGACUCCUGGUAGAUUUCUCAUUUUCAUUGAGAUAAAAUUCACACACAUUGCAUAUGUACAUAGCAUGUGUCUGGCACUGUCUUAUGUGGUAAGGCUAUAGCAGUGAGGACAGUGUCCUGUGAAACUUUAUUUGUUUGGUUCUUGAUGA